AUGACGGAGACUGAGAGCGCCCCAGCCGCCGCUCCUCCAGCGGAGGCCGCCGCCAAGAAGAAGCCGGCUAAGAAGAAGGCGUCCGGUCCCGCCGUGUCCGAGCUCCUCGUCCAAGCCGUGUCCGCUUCCAAGGAGCGCAGCGGGGUGUCCCUGGCCGCCCUGAAGAAGGUCCUGUCCGCCGGAGGAUACGAUGUGGACAAGAACAAGAGCCGCCUGAAGAUCGCCCUCAAGGCGCUGGUGACUAAGGGGAGCCUCGUCCAGGUCAAAGGCCAUGGGGCCUCCGGAUCGUUCAAGAUCAACAAGAAGCAGCCCGACGGCGCCAAGAAGAAGGCGGCCGGCAAAGCCCCCACCGCAGCCAAGAGCCCCAAGAAGAAGCCGGCCGCCAAGAGACCAGCAAAGGCUGCCGCCAAGAAGGUGACCAAGAGCCCCAAGAAGAGCAAAGCUGCAGCCAAGCCGAAAAAAGGCGCCAAGAGUCCCGCUAAGGCCAAGCCGGCAGCUAAGAAGGCGGCUAAGCCCAAGAAGGCCGCUCCGAAGAAGAAAUAA